UCAGCUGAUAAACGAACACGAUCUACACUACACGUCUUGUUUAUAAACCUAAACCUGCCUAGUGCGGUAGUGCCUAUUUAUUUAGGCAGGCAGGCUAGAGGCUAGCUCUAGCUAGAUUUUAUUCUAGUGUUUAUUCAGUCUAACGCAAGUCGUCAAAUAUUGUGGCGAUCACUGAAUUUUUAGUUUUAUCAAUUUUUAUAAACAAUUUUCUGUUCUGGUUUUAUAUUAGGUCUACCAUAGUCUUCAGUUUUUAACUUUGUGCAAGUAGGUAAUUUUUAAACAUUGUGGUGUGGCACUGGUGACAGUGGGUGUAAGAAGGUGUAAUGUGUUGUUGUGUUUAGUGUUUAGUGUCAUAAGGAAGAGUGUUGUAGAUUUUCUAGACCACAUUUGGUAAAAUUUGAUGAUGUCAUCCACGAAGAUCUUUAUUUAUUUAUAUUGUUAGUUGUUGUUUUAUUAUUUCAAAAAACAAUUAUUAUACACCGUAAAAGUAAGUCAGUAGCUGCAUCAAAACGAAAGAACAUUGAAAUAAAACAGCGAACCUAACCUUAAUAAAUGGUAGCCUAGUGGAGUUUCUUUCUCUUAGUUCAUAACUCACAAAACAAUGAACAAAGUAAAAUCCAGGUCUGCUGCUUUUAAUAGUUAUAAAUGGCUAAGUGGUCGUGAAAUAGGUUGCAAGCCUUCAAUUGGAGUUCAAGACAACUUUAUGAAAAGCCUUUACUCAAAUAUUAUGCCUUGUUCAACUUGGGACUACAGUGACUCCACUCAACACUCAAUGCCUGGUGGUGUUUUCAACUUAGAAUUUUCUCCUGAUGGAUCAUUAUUGGUGGCUGCCUGUGAGAAACGGAGCAUCUUGAUGUUUGACCCUUUGUCAAGAAAGUUGAUACAUACUGUUGAUGAAGCUCAUUUUGACUGUGUUAACUGUGUCAGGUUUUUAGAUUCUCGAGUGUUUGCAACAUGCAGUGAUGACAGUACUGUUGCUUUAUGGGAUGCUCGUAACUUGAGGUCUCGCAUUCGGACUCUUCAAGGGCAUUCUAACUGGGUGAAGAAUAUAGAGUUCUCACAGAGUGACGGACUACUGGUGACUUCAGGUUUUGAUGGCAGUAUCUACACAUGGGACAUUAACAGUUACACAGAGGUCGGGUUUCUGUACAAGCGUGUGUUUCACACUAAUGGUCUGAUGCGUACACGUCUGAAUCCUGAUGGGUCCAAGAUGAUAAUAUGCACAACUGGUGGUUACCUCAUCCUUAUACACGACCUGGACCUCAAAACCUUAAGGGAGGACCUUGAAGGAUUUAAGCCCAACAUGUACCGUCUGAUGCAAUUGUCACAGACAACGAUCCCUGUGGCUGCUAGCUUUACCCACCUAUUUUCACAUAAGCGCAAAACCAACCGUAUAGAGUUUGUCACUGACUUUCCUGAGGGAGACGAUGCUGAAGUGGUUUCAUCAUUACAGGUUCAUCCCCAAGGUUGGUGUGCUUUGAGUCGAAACAUUAGCAAUGAUGAGAACUCUGAGUGGACGUGCAUCCAUGAUAUCCAAGAGACAGACUCAUCAGACCUGGUGGCAGAGGAAGCUGACUCAACAUCCAACUUAACAGCCAAUGAAACCGACGAUGAACCUCACCCCCCACUAGAAGGUAUGUUUGUGAUUGGGUCUAACUCCCGAGCUCGCGUGGUGAAUGCUAACGUGGAGAGCCGCAGAGCAGUGCACAGGCUACGCAAUCUCAGCAACUCUCCGUUCAGAGGCUUUCCCACGCAGGAGCCGGCCCAGCGAGACAGCAACAUCGUGGUCACCUCCACUGACGUGUGGGAGGCCUUGGUAGCCAUUCGCGAGGCCAGGUCGCGCAGGGAACGUAACCGAGCUCAGGACCGACGUGUGGGUGGUAGUGGGAUACUGAUGCCAGACCAGGAGCCUCACACCAGGUUCCGAAUUGUACGCAUGUCCAGCGGCCUGGCACUGGCAGACGCAGCCCGCACUCGGCCUAGAGAUGCUGAGGAGAAUUCCAUCCCUGACUUCCAGGUUAUGGAAGAAGGUAGCCAACCCACUGCAGGAUCUGCGCCUCAGGUGGCCUCACUUAUCAUCAGGUACCGCAGACAAGGUGAGGAGGUUCCUCCUCCACCAGCUGACGAGGCUCAGCCCAGCACCUCCCGCACCAUCGUCAUCCUUGGAGCCAACCGCUCCAAUCCUCCACCUCACCGGCCCUCUCGCACCUCUAGCUCUAGGAUUAAGGUCCCCAAGAACCACAAGAUACACCAGAAUAUUCCCCGACUAUCACAUUUUAUUGAGGAACCCAACGUGGGACGCGGCUUUAUCAAGGAGCUCUGCUUCUCGUCCGACGGUCGUCUGAUAUGUUCCCCGUUUGGAUAUGGUGUCAGAUUGUUAGCCUUUUCUCCUGAAUGUUCUGAGUUGUCCACCUGUGUCCCUAAAGACAGAGCUGUCCAACUGUAUGAGUUGGGAACAAACGUUUGCCACACAGACAUUGUGGUCAGUACAAAGUUCUCACCUCGCCAUUGUCUUCUAGUCUCUGGUUGUUUAACAGGAAGAAUAGUAUGGCAUCAACCUGUGGUGUAAGCUUGUUACAUAGUGGUAUUGCUCAUGUAUUAUAUAAUGUUUUGUAAGUUUAAACUGUGUAAAUACUAUUAUGUACUUUAGUGUCUUUUUUUAUUUGUUGUUAGUUUUGUCAGAUAUUUUGUCUAAAGUAAUAUUUUGAUUUUA